AGCACUACACUGCUCUCUCUGUUUUCAAACAAUCCAGCAAACAGCCGCACUCUCUUCUCUUAUUCCCACGUAUUCUCCACAUCGAUCCUAGGUAGCUAGUUAGAUCCUUGUUGCUUCAAGAUCUACCAGCCACCGGUGAUCGUUUCGGAGAUGGGCACACCAAGGAAGGUGAUGCUCUUGGCUCUCUUCGCACUCUGCAUCGAGUCGGCAGUGGCAGAUUGGAGCAAGGGGACGGCCACGUUCUACGGCGGCCAGGACGCCUCCGGCACGAUGGGUGGCGCUUGCGGGUACCAGAACCUGUACGACCAAGGGUACGGCGUGAACAACGCGGCGCUGAGCACGGCGCUGUUCAACGACGGUGCGUCUUGCGGGCAGUGCUACCUGAUCAUGUGCGACGCCAGCAGCACUGGUUGGUGCAGGGCCGGCUACAGCACGGUCACCGUCACGGCCACCAACCUCUGCCCUCCCAACUGGGCGCUCCCCAACAACAACGGCGGCUGGUGCAACCCGCCCCGCCCGCACUUCGACAUGUCGCAGCCGGCAUGGCUCCAGAUCGGCAUCUACAAGGCCGGCAUCAUCCCCAUCCUCUACCAGCAGGUCAAGUGCUGGAGGCAGGGCGGGAUCCGGUUCAGCAUCGCCGGGUUCAACUACUACGAGCUGGUGCUCGUCACCAACGUCGGCGGCAGCGGCUCCAUCAGGGCCAUGUCGGUCAAGGGCUCCAACACCGGGUGGAUCCCCAUGACCAGGAACUGGGGCGCCAACUGGCAGUCCACCUCGGCGCUCGUCGGCCAGGCGCUCUCCUUCAUGGUCACCUCCACCGGCGGCCAGACGCUCUACCUCAACAACGUCGUGCCCUACUGGUGGACCUUUGGCUCCACCACGUAUACCAGCAACAAUCAGUUUGACUAUUGAUCGAUCCACAUAUAUAUAUAUAUAUAUUCUUCCAUGAUCCAUAUAUAUUCUCCAUCAUCGUGCAGCUAGGGGUGCCAUGGUGCACUGACAGAUUAAAUUGGUUUGGUUGACUUAAUGGCGCAUGCAAUGUGGGGUGAUCUGGAUUUCGAUCUGUGUAAUUCGUAUUACAUAAGUUAAUAAAUAUGCUCCCGAUUUUUAAUUUUAAA